ACAAAGAAUAUACACAUGAUAAAGAACGAAGAGAAUCAUCAACAUGACCAGGCUAGCGGAGCAUGACUGUGCAGCAUCGCCUCGAAAGGUUCUGCCUCUAUUUGAUGUUAAUGCUUUUGGCUCAGGCUAGCGGCUAGUUUUUUAGACUUUCGCUUUGUUGUUCCCAGGAAAAAACGCCCUGGACGAUGUCUGGUGCACCAGUGGCGGCCAGCGCACCACCGAUGGAACUGGAAAUUACGGACCCGACACAGCUGGCGCAGCUGACCCAGCAAGCCUUGGCCACAUGCACCGGCAAUAAAUUUGACUUCAACGUCAUUGGCCACGACCUUCAAUUGGUUGAAGUCCUCCUCAAACCCGGCGACAAGAUCAUUGCAGAGAGCGGCUCACUUUGCUUUCUAGAGCCUGACAUCACCUUUGAGUCGCAAUUCAAUGAUGGCUCAAGGCCAGAGGGCAGCUGGUGGGAGAACAUCAAAGAUGCUGGCAAGCGCUUGUUAGCCGGCACUUCCAUCUCCAUGCUGCACAUUGAGAACAGUGGUUCACAAAUUCGCAAGGUCGCCUUUUCUUCUCCAAUCCCCGGCCACACCAUGGGCAUAGAUCUGGGGGCAAUGGGUGGCUCCAUGAUGUGCUCACGGCAUGCUUUUUUGUGUGCAGCCAAGGGAACGAGCAUCCAGGUGGGAUUUACACAGAAAUUGUCGGUGGGUCUCUUUGGCGGCGAGGGAUUUCUGUUGCAGUUGUUGCAAGGCAAUGGGCUGGCAUUCAUCCAUGCUUGCGGGGCAGUCGUCAGGCGCGAAUUGAAAGAGGCCGAACAGCUCCGCGUGGACACAGGCUGCGUCGUGGGCUUCUCUGCCAGCGUGACCUUCGACAUUGCGCGCGUGGGUAGCAUCAAGACAUCUCUGUUCGGAGGUGAAGGUAUUUUCUUUGCAACCCUCACGGGCCCAGGCGUCGUUUGGCUCCAAAGUGUGCCUUUCAGAAAGUUUGCUCUGAAACUGUACAGUGAAAUGCCUCAUGUCACUCAACACAAAGAAUCUUCUGGUAGCAAGGACUGACAGUGCCCCUGGCCGAAGCUCAGAACGCGGCACAGGGUCCUCGUCCUCCGCAUGGAACAGCCUGAAGGAAGCAAAA